AUGAUUCCUGAAAAGUUCCCCAUUUCGACCGUGCCCUACUGCCUCUCGAUCGGCUUUGUGGUUCCGGUGACUGGGCAACAAUAUGAAAUCAGUUCAAACAAUGCCUAUUCUCCCCAACUAUCGCCAAACGGAUUGACGGCGAGGCGGGAUUUCGGGAAAUGGACAUUUAUACUGUCUCUAAUCCCCCUCGGCACGGGGACAAAUACCUGUUUUUUUGUCCGUCUUGGGAACCGUGAACCCGGUUUCGCUUCGCUCCCUAUGCACCAGACCACUGGCCUUGCGAAGUUAAGUCGGCUCACUCUGGAUCCUCUCGACCGUCAAGCAGCUCCUGUCUCCUCCAAUUGUCCGUUAGCCAGACAGCCUCUAGGACAGUCUCACAGCGUCAAUCAAAGCACGAAAAAUGGUCAUCCCUCGUUCUACAGACAUUUUGGCAUUGGUAAGAGUGAAGCAAAGGCUGCACAAGACGGGGCAAAUUGGUAG